UACAGAGUCAUGUGAUGUUGUGAGCCGGGGUUGAAUCUGAGAGGUUCUCUUGCGUCUGAUGUGAGUGCUAAGUGCUCUCCCUCUCAAGAAAAAGGACUAGACCCAUUAUUGGAGGACCCAAAAUGUCUUACGGAUCCAUUGACGCGGGAUCGUUUGGAAGCAGAAAUCCAUUUGGUGGACCCACAAGGCAGGGAUACCAGCCAGUAGCUACGCAAGUCAGUCCCUCCGAGCUGCAAGACGUUUUCCAGGAAACCUCCUCUAACAUCUUCCAGAUCAAUGCUAACGUGGUAACACUAGAGAAAAACCUUCAGUCGCUGGGAACAUCCAGAGACACAGCAGAGCUACGCCAGAGUUUACAUUCCACACAGCAGCAAACCAAUAAAGUCAUAACAAGCACGAGCCAACUUGUUAAACAACUCACUGACAUCAUCAGCGGGUCUUCACGGCAAGACAGGCUUCGUCUGACAAGACUCAAGACAGAGCUAUCAGAUUCUGUGCAGCGUUAUGGAGACCUGCAGAAGAAAAUUGCAGAUCGUUCAAGGGCCUUGCUUCCUCCUGCACAAAAGGACAGGAAACAGAGCCUACAGACUCCUUUCAGUGAACUGGUUGAAGAGGGGCCGUUGUUCGGAGCAGAGGAGCAGAGCAUUGAGGGUGACGGUCAAGCAUUCCUAUCAGAGAUCAGUGAAGAAGAUGUGGAGAUCCUGAGGCAGAGAGAAGAGGCACUACUGCAGAUUGAGAGAGACAUGCUGGACGUCAAUCAGAUUAUGAAGGACUUGGCCAGCAUGGUGCAUGAACAAGGAGACACCAUAGACAGCAUUGAAGACUACAUUCAGACCACGUCGUCGCACGUGGAAUCAGCCAAUCAGGAGCUUGCAAAAGCCAGUCAUUAUCAGAGAUCUCUGUUUCGACUCUGCUGUGAUCACUCCUCAACUUCCCAGCAAAAUAAAAGUCUGUACGUAAAGGUCCACAUGCGCUCACUCCCUUUCUUCUUAUCUCUGUCUGUACUUCUGUCAGAUUGUGUUUUGUGUAUGCUUGUAUGAAAAUGUGUGUGUGUGUGUGUGUGUGUGUGUGUGUGUGUGUGUGUGUGUGUGACUGUGCAUUAAAAGAAUCUAUUUUUAAUCAGUGCUUUGUACUGUAAUGUGCAAUUAAUUGCUCCUUACCUCUUCAAAGUGGACUCAAAUCAAAGAACAAAAUCCAAAUAGACUCAAUGUUGCUAUAGACUUUAAAAUAUCUUUCUCCGUCAUUUAUAGCUGAUUCUUGAGUACAGAGACAAAACUGGCUGUGAUUUUGCUUGUCUGUAAUUCAAUUUGGAUAUUAGAAAGAUAGUUUCAAACUAAUUAUUUCUAACAUAUUGAGAUUAUGAGAAAAAUAUAAGCACAAUAAAUGAAAUUUUACAUUUAUGUAAAGAUCAUCGAAUUUAUUUCCAAGUCUAAAUGUUGAUUUUAUUUUCUGUGUUUUGUCUCAUGGCUCAAGAAUCAGUCUUAUGCUAGUUCUCAUAUCAGCUCAUAUCAAUCUUUUGCUAUUACACUGUGUUCAAAAUGUGCAUAUUUAUUUUUUUAAGGUGCAAAUAUAUAAUCUGUGACAAGUGUAACAGUGACAUUCUUUUAGGAACAUUCUUUGUAAGGCAAUUUAUUUGUUACAAAGAAACAUAACCUGUGUAUAGUUAUCUUUAAAUAUUGUAACCUACUGUCUGUGUUUACCAAAAACUGACUAUUAUAAACAGACAUUUGAAUGCAGCAGGCAGGCUACCAUUAUAGAACACCUGUUGAGAGAGAAAACUGACUUAUUGUUAUCAUUUGCAUAACCAUAAAAUUAUAAUUUUUUUUAAUGACGUAAUAUUUCAAAGAUUCAGUAUCGUCUUGUAUUGCACUGCUCUUAAUAUCCAUUAUUUAAGAUGGUUUCUAAUGGUUCAUUUGCUGGCUUUUAUUAAAUAGUACAACGUAAAAAAAAAAAAAA